AUGAGUGUUGUUGUGAUUGAUAAUGGUACCGGAUUUUGCAAAGCUGGAUUUGCAGGAGAAUCGACUCCCUCAGUUGAGUUUCCAUCAGUAGUAGGAAGACCAAAAUACAUACCAGUGGUGGUAGGACUGAAAUAUCGAAACAUGUAUAUUGGAGGAUCGGCACAGGCAAGAAGAGGUAUGCUGCAUUUAUCCUAUCCUAUACGUCAGGGGAUUGUGCACAGUUGGAGGGAUUUGGAGACGAUAUGGGAUCACACUUUUAACCAUCUUUUAGAAACAGAUCCUCAAGAACAAGCUGUCAUUGUAUCAGAAGCACCGAAGAAUCCACUUCGAAAUCGAGAGAAAAUGCUUGAGAUACUGUUUGAAAAAUUUAAAUGUCGUGGAGUUUUCGUAGCGAUUCAAGCAGUUUUAGCCCUAUAUACGAGCGGGCAAACUACAGGUGUGGUCCUUGAUUCAGGAGAUGGCAUUAGCCACGCUGUACCAAUCUAUGAAGGUUACGCAAUCCAUCAUGCUGUUUCUCGAAUGGAAUAUGCUGGUAGAACACUGACCGAUUAUUUGGCCCAACUAUUAACAGAAAGAGGAUACUAUUUUACAACAUCAGCCGAAUCAGAAAUAGUAAGAGAUAUAAAAGAAUCUUUAUGCUUUGCAAGUGAAGACUUUAUAGAAGAUAAAAAAUCUUGUGCCAAAGAUGUGUCUGCUUUUGAAAAGAGAUACACACUGCCAGAUGGUCAAGUGCUGAGAAUCGGAUCUGAAAGAUUUCGUUGUCCUGAAGUUCUAUUUACGCCCUCGCUUCUCAAUCUUGAGGAUCCUGGUUUCCAUGAUUCAUUGUACAAUUCCGUGAUGAAAUGUGAUGUAGACAUUAGAAGGGAUAUUUUAAAGAAUGUCGUAUUGUCUGGAGGCAACACAAUGUUUCCCGGUUUGCCAAAUCGCCUCCGCCGAGAAAUGCAAGAAUUGUGUUCCAGCAAAGUGAAAGUGUGGGCUCCCGCCGAUCGAAGGUAUGCCGUGUGGCUCGGAGGCUCAAUCCUAGGAUCGCUCUCAACUUUCAAAGAUAUAUGCAUUACAAGAGCAGAAUAUAAUGACUAUGGCCCUAGAAUAGUUCACAGGAAAUGCUUUUAG